AAAGUGGAGUGUAACCUUUCAAAAUGGCGGAUGAUGUACAACAAGAGAUGGUGGAAUGUUUUGAUGGUUCCAAGACUAUAGCUGGUAGUGAAAAACUUGAUGGCACAGGAAGCAUGGGUGGGUUGGCAACACCUGAAAAGUCGGCGGGCCAGGUUAAUAUGGAAACUGAAUCAGUAUUGGCUCCUGAUGGAACAAGUAUGGAUGUUCCAGAGCAGGUUAUGAGAGUGGAGGAUAGCAGCUCAGAUGUGGUGGAACCUCUGACACCAGCAACUGACAAAAGCCCAUCUGAGUCGGGUCGUGUGACCCCAGCCAGCCAGAGCGAUCAAUCAGCUUACCUGUCUAGCUCAGAGAAGAGCACAACAAGUCACAAGUCAAAGAUCACUGACCCGCCUACUAGGCAGAUAGAGUUUGAUGCUGCGUCUACGUCAUCAGGCUCUGUGAAAAACGAGGGUUCAAAGAAGGUUCCCCAGCGCCAGGGCCUGCAGUGUAGGAAGGGAGAGAAGAUUGAGGCUAUGGACUACCUGCAUCAAUGGUUUCCUGCAAAAAUACGGGCCGUGAAUGAAGAGGAUGCCAAGGUUCUUGUUCACUUUGACGGCUGGAAUCAGCGCUACGAUGAGUGGAUCACCAUGAACUCUGACCGCAUCAGACCCCUGAUAAGGCAUUCAGAGAGGAAGGAGAAGUCAAAAAGAGUCAAAACGUGUCCUGUGUUCCUUCAGGACCAUACGAUUGGUGACCAGGUAUACGCAAAAUGGACUGACUGUAAAAUGUACCCAGCAAAAAUCACUAAUAUACUGCCCAGUGGUUCAUAUGAGGUGAUCUUCUAUGACGGAUUUAAGAAGCUGGUACAGCCCAUUAAUGUUCGCUCCAUGCCGGGGGAAAGUAAGCAGAGCUUUGAGAUUGAGCCGGUACCUGAGCCUGUGUUGAAGAAAGCUAAGAUGAAACUUGACGUAGUUCCCGAUGUCCCUAAGGAGAGAUCCCGGUCACUAUCUGGAGAGAAAACCAAGUUCGAGCUUACCCAGGAACUGUUGGAGAAAAAGAAGUGUGCUAAACCUCGCAGGAAACGUCAGACCUUUGAUGGGGCGGACCUGGCUAGUAUUGUCAACUCCCUGGAGCAGCCAGCCCCUGAGCAGGUGCCAGUACAUGGGGAACCAAUAGCUACACAGACAGAUUACACCAAGGGAGAGGACCAGGCAGACCCUGCAUUGGCUGGUAGUGAUAUCAGUGUGGCUGGUGUCGGCAAGAGUGGUUCAGCCAUCCUGCCUCCAAAAGCGUUUGUAGUGGAACAGGACCAUAACCCAUACAAGUGUCACUUUGAGGGUUGUAACAAGAGUUUCCGCAAGGCACACCUGCUAGACUACCACAUCAAGUAUUACCACAUGACCGAGGGGGAUCCACCUCUGCCACCUAAGAAGAAGCGGAGAAAGACUACAAGCACUUGUUCAACAGAGUCUGAACAGGGUACCAGUUGUUUUAAAAAGUCUGUUGUGAAGAAGAACCGUAACCUAUCCACAGAGGGCACACUGUAUCAACCAACAGUGAAGCUGGAGGUCCCGGAUGUGGCAGCACCCCCUACAACACAAGGUUUGUCAUAUACUGAAGAUACAGGCAUCCAGACAUCCCCUGUCAAACAUCCAGACUCAUACACGUCAGAGGACUCGAACCUGGGCGUGAAAAUGGAGAUAAAGGCGGAGACUCAGAGUCUCGAGGACUCGAGCGUAACAGACGCCGAAGAUUUCCUCAAGCCAGACGAGCUUGUCAACUGUAUCUGUGACUUCCAGGAGGAGAACGGGCUCAUGAUACAGUGUGAGGUGUGUAUGUGCUGGCAACAUGCUGCAUGUUUCGGCAUCACAGAGAGAACCCUGCCCAAGACCUACGUCUGCUUUGUCUGUGAAAACCCACCUGGUGUUCGUGAGAGUGCCAAGUAUAUCCAUGAGCAGGAUUGGUUUAAGACUGGUGAGAUUCCAUCGUUGAGCUACCUUCCGCGCGCGGGGAUGUCAGAGGAGAAGUGCAGCACGGUGAAGACCACGCAUACCCUCGUAGCCGACAUACACCACCUGAAUACUGUCCUCUACAGUCUCAAACUGCAACUCAAGAUACUUAGGACGAAAGAUGAAACCAAACUCAGACAAUGGCGAUUGGAUUGGGAUGUCAUGGAUCCCCUCCAGGAAACCAUAGAGACUUGCCCCAAAGGGGGAGAUAACUACACCAUUGUUCAAAUAAAAAGGGAAGAUAACUCUGAUCUCAUAGACCCAUCAAAGGGGCUGAACUCAGAUGUCAAAACUGAGAUCAAAUCUGAUAAUAAAAUAGAGUUAGUAGAAGUUAAAAAAGAACCUGUCUCUUCGGCCGAUGAAAGUGAGGUGGAAAAUAGCUCUGUGAAUGUAACUAUGGGUAAUUCUGGAGGCUGUGUGAGACCUAGACCCGAGUCUGGUGAAAACGGAUUAACCGUGAACACUAGACCAGAACCAAGCUCAAAUGGUGAUCAAGAAUUUCAAAGAAAUGACACUUCAGGUAGUUGUUCUGCUAAUGGAGAUGUCUUAACAGUGGAAUCUCAGCCUAAGGGUUCAACACUACCAACUAAUUCCCAAGAUGUGCCUGAAUCUAGCACAAACACUUCCCUCCAGAAUGACAAGCCUGGUGGCUCACUACAGCAAACCACUGGUGCUACACAGGGUGUAGAGGAGGACAUCGGAACCCACUCUGACAGUACAGAGAGUGUAAUAGAGGAUCCUGUAGAGGUCUGCGAGAAAAAUCUGCUGUCCCAUAUUCUCCGUGUUCAAGGGGAGAUCAGCGAUAGGUUGGAUAGGAUAGAAGAGGAAGUCACUAUGCUGGAGGCAAUGGAUGCCGUCCAGUCCCGGAGACAGCCUGCUCAUCCCCAGACUGUGUUGUCAGACCUCCCUCUGUUGAAACAGAACAUGAAAACACUCCACACAGACCUCACCAAGGUGAAGAAAAUGUCAGUGUUCCACUACCAAGUCUAGCUGGAAAACGAAUCCUCUGAGCUAUUGUUGUCAGGGUCCAGGACUCCUAAAUGUUGGCACUGACUCUUAGGCGUGGUAAUCCACCAGACUCAUGCAGUAGUUCAGGCAAAAGAAAGUAUUCUUGUUAGUUUCUAAAAACUUUCAAACAAAUAUUGUUUUGAAGCUAUUUAGCUAUAAAUACUUCUCCUUUUUUGACAAUGAACUUUUCUACAUGUAUUGGACUCCCUGAUUUUAACUGGACUACUAAGGUGUGUGUAGACAGACGGCAGAAAGAGUGAGUGUUUAACACUGGUUGUACACUGACCUUGCCAAGGAGAAGAAUAUAGCUUCUUAAGAUAAAGAAAAUAUUAGUGUUUCAUUAUCAAGUAUAUCUGGAUUCCUAUGCAGUGUCUUUUCAUGAAAUCUUACCAUCAACACUAUCAAGUUGCAUCACGGGGUUUAUAGGUCCGUGGUUGCAUGUAGCUGGAAUGCUGGCUUACGUAGUGGACUGAUCGAUUACAUACUUAUUUAUUGUGGACCAAAGUUAUAAUUGAAACAUUUUCUUAGUUUUACACAUUCUUUUGAAAACAUAACUGACUUUUGACACAUUUUCUAUGGACCAAUAUCAUGCCCUUGGGCCUUGGCUGAUAAAUUUCUUUAUUGUUAAAUACAUUUACAUUGUAUUUUGACGGGCAGAGUUAUGUUUGUUAGGCGUUUGUUGAUGUUAGGUCUUAUUGCUUAUUGAUGCAUUUUUGUAUGAAAUUGAAUAAAUAAUGUAAACCUU